AGAGAACACUUCUCUCCUCUUUUCCUCCCCUCUCUCUCUUUCUCUCCCUCCGGUCCGCGAUGGCAUCCCCCCGGCUGGAGACCUUCUGCUGCCCGAACCGGGACUCGGCCACGGACUUCGUGGUCUCCUUCCAGCCGGUUCUGUUCGGGGCUCUGAGUCUGGGCAGCGCGGCGCUCAGCCUCCUGUUCACCGUGCUCCAGAUCCUGCCCAAGCGCAAAGGCUACAGGAGACUGGGACAGUAUCCUCUGCCAAGGCCUGCGUCCUCCUCCAGGAUUCUGUUCAUCAUCAGCGUGUGUGACAUACUGGGAUGUACAGGUAUCAUCCUGAGGUCGUCGCUGUGGCUCGGCCUUCCCAACAUCGUGGACCAGAUCUCAGUGGCCAACAACACUGAGGUCUGGCCUGAAGUCUUCUGCGUCGGCAGCGCAAUGUGGAUCCAGCUGUUUUUCAGCGCCUCUUUUUGGUGGACCUUCUGCUACGCUGUGGACGUCUUCCUGGUGGUGAAGACAUCGGCAGGAAUCAGCACCAUCAUCCUGUACCACAUGAUUACAUGGGGUCUGGCUGUGCUGCUGUGUGUCGAAGGAGUGGCCAUGCUCUACUACCCAUCCAUCUCCGAUUGCGAGCAGGGCCUGCAGCACGCCAUCCCUCACUACGUCACCACGUACGCGCCGAUGCUGCUCGUCCUCACAGCAAACCCCAUCUUCUUCAACAGGACCUUAUCUGCAGUGACAUCUUUACUAAAAGGACGACAGGGAAUCUACACAGAAAAUGAGAGGCGGCUGGCCAACGAUAUAAAAAUACGCUUCUUCAAGAUGAUGCUGGUUUUUUUUAUAUGCUGGGUUCCCAACAUCAUCAAUGAGAGCCUCCUCUUCUACCUGGAGAUGCAGACGGACAUCAACGACAACAGUCUCAGGAACGUCCGAAACGCAGCCCUCAUCACAUGGUUCAUCAUGGGAAUCCUGAACCCCAUGCAGGCCUUCCUCAACACCCUGGCCUUCCACGGCUGGACCGGCUGCGACAUCGACCUCAGCCUGCAGCGGAGGAGGGAGCUGCCCUGGGACUCGCUCUCCACGUCGGUGCCCAACACCGCCAGCCACAACCCCGUGGUGGGAACCACCCUGCUCUACCAGAGCCACAUCCAGGAGGCCAAGAAGAGCAUGACGGGCAGCGGGCAGCACCACUCCGACGCCAUCAGUGUCCUCUCAGAAGGUUCAGAGUCUAGUACAGUUGAACUCCACAUUUCCAGCGAGCUACGAGACUAUGAGGAUAUAGACGCUGACAGCGAAUCCUUGGAGAACUGAGAGGGACUAGCUCGGGUCAUCAUCAAACCACCUCCCUCUUCUUUUGUGGAUGCGACGCUGUUCUUCUAGUUCACAUUCAUGUGUUAGAUCGUCUUCCUCCCAUAGCAGAUAUCGGGUUUCACCAGAAUGAGCCAAAUUCUUUCCAAAGCCUUUUAUUUCUCUCUAAGCUUUUAGAAAACUGCCGUACUUUAUAGACUCAUCGACUGUGCAGCCCCAAAACCACAGCACUGUCUAAUGUCUGUAAAUUAUCAGAUUUAGACGCACACUAGGUUUUGUGAUAAGCACUCUUUGCCUUUACACUCCUAAGGCACAACAGAAUGUAUUUAGUGUCGUAUUUAAACAAGUUACUGUAUUUUCCAGCUGUCCAUCUUGUAUUUUUGCACACACCUAUUUUAUACUAUAUUAAAUAUACUGAAUAUUUA